UCUCCGGCUACAGCUCCCGGCGGGCGAAGCUGGGCGUCCGGUGCGAUAGCCCGGGCCGCCCCUCGGGCCGCCGCCCCGCGCCUGGCCGCGCUCCCCACCGCGCAGCCCCGAGCCCCCGCGGGGCGCCUUCCAGUCCCCUCCCCCUCCGCCUCGCGCCCUCCCCGGGGCUGCGACACCCCCGCGGCCCCGCCGCACGGAGCUCCAGGCCAUGGGCUCGGGGCGCGUCCCCGGGUUCUGCCUGCUCGUCCUGCUGGUCCACGCGCGCGCCGCCCAGCAUGGCAAAGCUGCGCAAGAUGUGGAUGAAUGUGUGGAAGGGACUGACCAUUGCCACAUUGAUGCCAUCUGCCAGAACACACCACGAUCAUACAAGUGCAUCUGCAAGUCCGGCUACACGGGGGACGGUAAACACUGCAAAGACGUGGAUGAGUGUGAACGGGAGGACAAUGCAGGCUGUGUACACGACUGUGUCAACAUCCCUGGCAAUUACCGAUGUACCUGCUAUGAUGGAUUCCACCUGGCACAUGAUGGACACAACUGCCUGGAUGUCGAUGAGUGUGCCGAAGGUAACGGCGGCUGCCAGCAGAGCUGUGUCAACAUGAUGGGCAGCUAUGAAUGCCAUUGCCGAGAAGGUUUCUUCCUCAGCGACAACCAGCACACCUGUAUCCAGCGGCCAGAAGAAGGAAUGAACUGCAUGAACAAGAACCAUGGCUGUGCCCACAUCUGCCGGGAGACUCCCAAGGGGGGCAUCGCCUGUGAAUGCCGCCCUGGCUUCGAGCUCACCAAGAACCAACGAGACUGUAAACUGACCUGCAACUAUGGUAACGGUGGCUGCCAGCACACAUGCGAUGACACGGAGCAGGGCCCCCGGUGCGGCUGCCAUGUCAAGUUUGUGCUCCAUACUGACGGGAAGACGUGCAUCGGGGAGAGACGGCUAGAGCAGCACGUGCCCACUCAGGCCGUUUCUAAUGAGACCUGCGCCAUCAACAACGGGGGCUGUGACAGUAAGUGCCACGAUGCAGCGACUGGGGUCCACUGCAGCUGCCCCGUGGGCUUCAUGCUGCAGCCAGACAGGAAGACCUGCAAAGACAUAGACGAGUGUCGCUUAAGCAAUGGAGGCUGCGACCACAUCUGCCGCAACACCGUGGGCAGCUUUGAAUGCAGCUGCAAGAAGGGUUACAAGCUUCUCAUCAACGAGAGGAGCUGCCAGGACAUAGAUGAGUGCUCCUUUGAUCGAACCUGUGACCACAUGUGUGUCAACACACCAGGAAGCUUCCAGUGUCUCUGUCAUCGUGGCUACCUGCUGUAUGGUGUCACUCAUUGUGGGGAUGUGGACGAAUGCAGCGUCAACAAGGGUGGCUGCCGCUUUGGCUGUAUCAACACCCCUGGCAGCUAUCAGUGUACCUGCCCCGGCCAGGGCCGCCUUCACUGGAACGGAAAGGAUUGCACAGAGCCAGUGAAGUGCCAGAGCAGUCCUGGGGCCUCAAAAGCCGUGCUUAGCUGCAGUCGGUCUGGCAAGAAGGACACUUGUGCCCUGACCUGCCCCUCCCGGGCCCGGUUUUUGCCAGAGUCCGAGAAUGGGUUCACCGUGAGCUGUGGUACCCCCAGCCCCAAGGCAGCUCCAGCCCGAGUCACCCACCCUGGAAACAGCACCACCUCCAACUACUGCCAUGAGGCUGCAACGCUGUCAGUUAAGCAGCGGGCCUCCUUCAAGAUCAAGGACGCCAAGUGCCGUUUGCAUCUGCGGAACAAAGGCCGAGCGGAGGAAGCCAGCAGAGCCGCGGGGCCAGGUGGCACCCCUUGCUCCGAUUGCCAAGUCACCUUCAUCCACCUUAAGUGUGACUCUUCUCGCAAGGGCAAGGGCCGACGGGCACGGACCCCUGGCAAGGAGGUUACCCGGCUCACCCUGGAAUUGGAGGCUGAGGUCAGAGCGGAAGAAACAACAGCUGGCUGCGGGCUGCCUUGCCUCCGGCAGAGGAUGGAGCGGAGACUGAAGGGGUCCCUGAAGAUGCUCAGGAAGUCCAUCAACCAGGACCGGUUCCUGCUGCGCCUGGCAGGCCUUGACUAUGAGCUAGCCCACAAGCCAGGCCAGGUGGCUGGGGACCGAGCAGAGCCGGCGGAGGUCUGCAGGCCCGGGCAGCACCGGGCAGGCACCAAGUGUGUCAGCUGCCCGCAGGGAACGUAUUACCACGGCCAGACGGAGCAGUGUGUGCCAUGCCCAGCAGGCACCUUCCAGGAGAGGGAAGGGCAGCUCUCCUGCGACCUUUGCCCUGGGAGUGACGCCCAUGGGCCUCUUGGAGCCACCAACGCCACCACCUGUGCAGGUCAGUGCCCACCUGGCCAACAUUCAGUAGAUGGGUUCAAGCCCUGCCAGCCAUGCCCACGGGGCACCUAUCAGCCUGAAGCAGGAAGAACCCUGUGCUUCCCCUGUGGUGGAGGCCUCACUACCAAGCAUGAGGGGGCAAUCUCCUUCCAGGACUGUGACGCCAAAGUCCAGUGCUCCCCGGGCCACUACUACAACACCAGCACCCACCGCUGUAUCCGCUGUGCCAUGGGCUCCUACCAGCCACACUUCCGCCAGAACUUCUGCACCCGCUGCCCAGGAAACGCAAGCACUGACUUUGACGGCUCUACCAGUGUGGCCCAGUGCAAGAAUCGGCAGUGUGGUGGGGAGCUGGGUGAAUUCACUGGCUACAUCGAGUCUCCCAACUACCCGGGCAACUACCCAGCGGGCGUGGAGUGUGUCUGGAACAUCAACCCCCCGCCCAAGCGCAAGAUCCUUAUCGUGGUCCCUGAGAUCUUCCUGCCGUCCGAGGACGAGUGUGGGGACGUUCUCGUCAUGAGAAAGAACUCCUCCCCAUCCUCCAUCACCACUUAUGAGACCUGUCAGACCUAUGAGCGUCCCAUUGCCUUCACGGCCCGCUCCAGGAAACUCUGGAUCAACUUCAAGACUAGUGAAGCCAAUAGCGCUCGUGGCUUCCAGAUUCCCUACGUGACCUAUGAUGAGGACUACGAGCAGCUGGUGGAAGACAUAGUGCGGGACGGCCGGCUCUAUGCCUCCGAAAACCACCAGGAGAUCCUAAAGGACAAGAAGCUAAUCAAGGCCUUCUUUGAGGUCCUGGCCCACCCCCAAAACUACUUCAAGUACACAGAGAAGCACAAGGAGAUGCUGCCCAAGUCCUUCAUCAAGCUGCUCCGCUCCAAAGUCUCCAGCUUCCUGAGGCCUUACAAAUAGCGCCCCUGGGCCCCCGAGACGCAGGUUUCAGAGCGCCGACUCCCUGGCCCUCAGAGCUGGCACCGCAACCUCACACAGGAACCUGUCCUCUCUUGGAGGAGAACUAUCACUAUACCAGGCACUCACCCCUUCCGUCUUCUCUCUCUACUUCUUUCUUACAUGUUCCCUGGAAAAGCCAUUCAGUGCUGCCCCUGUCCCCCCAGAGGUGAAGAAACAGAACCGUCUCCUCUGCCCAUCUCACCAGCUCACAUCCCCGGCCCCCAUCCGUCUUUGGAAGGGUGUCGGAGGCCCAGAAGAGGAUCGGGUCUGCUAGGAAGUGGGGGUGGGUAAGAAAGGCUUCUGCCAUUAUAGGGUUGUGCCUUGCUAGCCAGGAGCCAGAAUAUCCCUCCUGUGCUGCCCAGAGUGGCUCUUUUACAGCCCAGAGUCCUGCCAAAGAAGCCUUUGACGUACCAGCUUUACGCCGACACGGGCUGCCAGGCACACAGUUUGAGCCCCGGGGUGCCCACACAGUUGGCGUUCUUAACUGUACGGCUUCUCUCAUCUGCCUGCCUGGGCUGCCUGCGUUGGGUUUACAAGUGGUCCAUACCACUGGGGCCGCGGGCGGGGGGCAAACCCUGGCUGAGGAGGGAGAGCAACAGGCAUUAUCUUGUGUGCCAGAGCCCAGCUGGGGUUCCCAGUGACAAAGCUCUGUGGGACAGAAAGCAGGGUUUUUUAAACCAUUGCCCAAAACAGAAAGAAAACUAUGCCCUAAAGGACGGGCCUGCAGAGCGAGUGGAGCCAGCCUCGGACACUAACCUUUUCCUUGCCCGUCCUCCCUGGCCCAGGCAUGUCCUCACCCCACCCAAGUGCUCCGUGGGGAGACUUUCUCCCCCUGCUAAGUGCUUUCCUUAAAGAAACCUGCCAUUGACCAUCACCAGCCUAGACCUUGCUCCAGUUUUUCCCUUGCAGCCCUAGGUGGCUUGUGGGCUCCACCAAAGAGGACCCCACUCUGCAGCCAGCAUGGAGCUGCCUACCUCUGGCCUCGGGCUGUGGGCAGCAAGAAUGUGUAUGCCCUUGGCAAGCCGCCCGCCUGUCCUGUCCACAUCUGAGAAGUGCAAUCAUUUCUAGUCUUUCUGUGUUGUCUAGAGGGAGGGGGUUUGGUUUUCUUUUUCCUCUAGCAGAACCCUAUUUAUAGCUGCCAAGGAGAGAAGAGCACGUUGGGAGUGGAGGGAUAUCAGUUUGACUCUCAAAAGCCCUGAGCACUGGAGCAUCUCAUGGGCCUCUGUCCUACCUGAGGCCACCUAGAACUUCAGGUGCCCCGCUGUGUGGAGCCAGGGCAAUCCCUCGGAGGUGCCGGAAGGGUAGGAGGGCGAUUCUGGUAACCUGAUGAAGCAGGAAGGAGAUGCUGUUGACUAAGGCGUCCCUGCCAUCUCUGUGCCUAUGGAGUCAUGGUUCUGAUGCAGAUGGACUGGCCGGUAAUCCACUGCGAGCAGGGGACAUCUACCCUGUCGCCGCCUUCUGUUUCCCUGCAUGCCAGGGAAGAGGAUCAGGACAAACUCUAAGGAUGGCCAGCUCAGGCUCCCAAGGCCAGAGAAGGCUGGGGCAGCCUCGGAUAGGACAGUCAUCCACGUAUGCAACCGGUGAAGGGACAAGAAGCAGGCAUGUGCCUGACACUGGCCACCUGCCUCCUGAGAGUUGACUUCCAGCCUGUUUCAACUACUGGUUUUCGAAAGGAAGAAGAACCACGUCCAGGCCCUGCAAGUACUCCACCCUUGACGCACCUGCUGCCUGGAAAGUCCCCGAUUUGCUCCUUCUAGUUCCCUCAAGGCUGGACAGUCGCUAGCGACCAACUGACUCCUCAGGUCCAGCUCUAGGUGACGCCAAGAGAUUCAACACUGAAUGGUCUGAUCCACACACACCAGCCAAACAGCCAAUGCAAUCAAAGCCAGUUUCCUGGCCAUCUGUUA